AUGAUGCGCUCUUCGCGGCUGUGUCGGCGGCAGAUGCGGCCGUACUACAAUCUCCCUUCCAAGUCGGAGCAUGGGCGAAAGAUGACGGGAUUCCUUACGCCCUACCGCCAUUGGAUGUGGAAGCAAAAUGAGUUGUGGCGCAAUGUUCACGAAGCGCAGUUUGAGCACCUGCGAAAAGUGUACAAGCGCCAGUGGCUCGAGUCUUUUCGUGUCAAUGCGGAUGAAUACAUAUACAAGUAUAACAUUACCAAGGCAGCCCAAUUGGCUCAGUGGGAGUACGAGAUGCAGGAACAGGAGAAGAAGCGGGUGGAGGCGAAGCAAAUGACGGAAGGAAGGCAAGCGCUGAAAAAGAAGCACUUGGAUUUACUGCGAGAAUUCCACGAGAGACAAUUCUUCUUUUGGUACGAACGCGCCAGUGAACGGCUGCAAAGCAUGAGUCUCAUUCAGUACAUUCCGCAGUCAAAGCUGCAGGAGCAUAUUGAUAGGGAGUUGGACAAGUACGUCGCUGGGAAGAGUGAGGCGUACCCGCUAAACUUCGUCGGACAAAUGCCUUUGGUUGAGGACCGCGACGGAAAUAUCGUGGAGGUGCCAGAAAGCCUCCUCGCCAACCAUGUCUCAGAGCACCCGGACUCCACGGCCAAACCCCAUCAGCCCCAUGAAGGCACUUGCGUCAGCGCAGAGGAGCAACUGCUGCGCACCAUGGCAAGUGCGAGGGAGGAAAGUCUGGAGGAAUGGCUUGAAGACGACUCGCGGGCACUCUCCGAAACGAUUGACGACAUUUCCCGCGAAGAGGAGCAGAGGGAUGCGGACACGCGAGUGGCGCGCAGCAUGGAGGAAACAGAGAGCGAGCGUGAAAUUAGUCGCCGUAUGUACAUUGACCGUGGCAAAUCGGGUUCGAAGGCCAUUUUCCGUCGUCCGAGUGUAAGCGAGACCGACGGCAGCGCUGCCGCUGCGGCAGCUGGUGGAGGUAGUGGUGGUGGCACGUCACCCGCGGACGCGAGUACGCCGAUGCGGCGCCGAAAGAAGGGGAAGUUGGACAGUGUGCAUGCUCUGCAGGAGCGGCAGGAUGCCUUGCUCGCCAAACUGUCUUCUCGGAGCCUUAAGGAGGGUGAAAGCGCAUCCACAAUUGGGAAGCGUGGGGAGAUUGUGGCGAAUCGGGGCCGCAUUCGCGACAAGGCGGCGAUACCGACCCAGGAAAUAUUAAUGCAAAAGCCCGAAUUGGCAGCCGGCAGUGUGCCCAACGCACGUGUUAGCGUCCAGGACAAAGUGGACCAACUCUACCAACGCGGUAGGUACAAGCAGAAGAAGGAGAGUGACGGGGACUAA